CUCAAACCACUCCGACUCCAGUGACGUACUGGGGAUGGGCGUCUCAGGCGGUUCAACCGCUGCUUACUUUCACUGCCACACUCCAGAGUAUUACGACUCCUCCAACACCAUUGUUCAGUUCCAUCUUGUACACAUUCCCUCUGCGCUUCUUCCUUCUUCCGUAGACCAUCUCUGGCUGGCACUUCACUGUCUGUUUGCAUCUUGUUUCACGUCUGUGCUUGAAACCUCCGGAUCCAAACAUUUCGCCAACGGCGAAGCGUACAAUCACCACAUAUCACUCCAUGAUUCCGUCGAGGUGACCGCGAAUUACCCAAGCCAUCUUCGUACGAUUUCCAGCAGCAUCUGCUGCGUACUUAUUCCAGCCGCACCCGCAAUCCUCGAACCGACCAUGCCAGCGGGCUACGAAUCAGCAGCGAAGGCGCUCGCAAUUUCCCCAAUAUCAUCCCCCUCACCAGACCAACAAUCUACCAGACCUCCAUGGUCUCGCAGAAUCUCUGGCACAAACCGCUAUUCCACACAAACCUCCCGACAAACCUACAUAUCCCAAUUUCUAAACUCCGCCACGAAAGUGCAACGGAAAAUCAUCAAGACCUUCCAAGGCCUUACACUCUUCCAGCGAAUUCUAGUUGUCGCCGCGGCCAUCAUCGUCAAUGUCUUCUUGAUCCUCUUCCUCAUCUACAACGAAAAGAUCUUCUCACUUCUCGCGGAGCCGGCGAAGAGAUGGCACGAUGUCAAGGGAGGGUGGACAAUCCUUUGGCUCAUGACCUUCAUCUGCGCCUUCCCGCCAUUAAUAGGCUACAGCACAACUGUCAGCAUUGCCGGCUUUGUCUACGGCUUCCCCAAUGGCUGGUUCAUCGUCGCAUCUGCAACAGUAGCAGGCUCGUUAGCCUCAUUCAUCGCCUCCAGGACGGUACUUUCGAACUACGUACACAGGCUCGUUGGCAAGGACAAGCGGUUCGAGGCUCUGGCCCUCACCUUGAAGCACGAUGGCCUCAAGAUCUUGUGCAUGAUUAGGGUGUGUCCAUUGCCAUAUAGCAUCUCAAACGCCGCUAUGUCGACGUUCCCAACUGUACACCCACUUUCCUUCGCGCUGGCUACAGCAAUUGCCAGCCCCAAACUUUUGAUUCACGUAUUCAUUGGGAGUCGACUUGCUCAAAUUGCUGAGAGCGGGGGGAAGAUGGACGGAUCAACCAAGGCAAUAAAUUAUGCCUCGAUAAUAAUUGGGGCAAUCUUGGGAGUUGGAGUUGGGUACUGGAUCUAUUCCAAGACCAUAGCGAGGGCCCGAGAACUCGAGGAAGAGGAGUUGGAGAAUGGGCUGCAGGAUGGCGGUCUAGUAGUUGGUGGAAGGGAAAGGACUUAUAUGGAUGUGGAUGGAACGGAGGAGGAUGCUGCUGCGUUAAUGGAUCCUGACGAUAUCAGUUUGUGGGAUCAUGAAGAAAUAGAGAGCGGAGAGGCGGGGUAUAGGGAUGAGUUUACGGAUGAAGAAGAUGUGUUUGCUAGUGGGGACGUAGAUGAUGAUGCGGUGGGGAAGAUUAAACGGUAGAAAUGUGUAGAUCUGUGACUAUCUUUGGGUUAUACGGGCUGCAUUGGCGUUCUGAUGGACAUUUGAUAGAGCAUAGAUCUCUGGGUGAAGACUAUAAAGAAGUUUCAAACCUCAUCUGCAUCCUUCUCAUAAAUCCAAUGCGCGAAACGACGGAAUAUUGGUGGGAAGGAGUUUGAAUGUACCAGUACCUCCUGAAAAGUUCACAAGGGGUAGUGAACUGACUACCCCAGUACCUGG